AUGGCAAAGUGGCUGAAGGACUACCUAAACUUUGGCUCCAGGCGUGACCCUCCGCAGGUCCCGAGGCCAGAUUACAGUGAGAGUGACAUUUUGAGGGCCUACAGAGCUCAGAAGGAGCUAGAUUUCGAGGACCCGUAUCAACACUCUGAUAAGGAGCGUCAGAAUGGUGGCUUCAGCCCCUGUAAGGCCACAAUGAGCCUUCCCUCUUUCCCUGCAUUCGACUCAGUGCUGCCUAGCGGUCUGGAGGUGAAAGUGGUAUCUCCUAAGCACAGACUUAUUAAAGUGGACUCUCAGGAGUUUGGCUGCAGUAAAGUCCCCCUCAGUCCUGUGACUAUACAGGAGGAACCUGUGGUUCCCUCUGCCCCAGCAGCGUCGGACGCUGACACCGACUACUCUGAUCCAUUUGAUGUCCGUCCAGACCCAAGAGGCAGACCAAACUGGGAGCCAAAAUCUGCACCAACUGACUGCUGCAGUUAUAUGGAGCCAUUUGAGGCCCAGAGGAUUAUCUCAGAGCUGCAGCACAGCAUGAUGACUAACAGGUCUGGGAGUGGAGAUGGGGGCCAAAUCUACGAUAACCCGUACGAGGAGAGGACUCGCCACCAGCACCGAGCCAAUCCAGCCGCACAGCAGCUGACUCAGCGCGUUGAGGGCGGUCGUCCCCCGAUAGACGGCAGGGAGAGCAGGCUGCCUCAGGAUGAUGAGAGGCCGGCGGACGAGUACGACCAGCCCUGGGAGUGGAAGAAGGACAACAUCUCGAAAGCUCUAGCAGUUCAGUUUGAAGGGGCAGAAAGGGAGCGCUCGCGGGCUCAGACAGAUCAGACCAGGCUCACCAAGACGGGCACUUGUUCUACAGCGUCUGAGUCCACUACACUGCGCCUGGUGGGAGACACUCCUCCUCUCCUGGGAGAGAGAGUGGACCCGUUUAUGCCGCUGGAGAGACAAGUGUGGUACCAUGGAGCCCUGAGCCGCUCGGAGGCAGAGAGUCUGCUGACUCUGUGCAAGGAGAGCUCGUACCUGGUGAGGAACAGCCAGACCGGCAGGAACGAGUACUCGCUCUCUCUCAGGAGCUUUAAGGGCUUCAUGCACAUGAAGUUCACUCGCUCUGCAGACGGGCGCUAUGUGCUCGGAGAGAACAGCCCUCCCUUCUCCACCAUCCCCGAGGUCAUCCACUUCUACACUACACACAAGCUGCCAAUCAGAGGAGCUGAACACAUGUCUCUACUGUAUCCCGUCAUAGUGCAGACCCUCUGACACUGACACACACACUCUUUCUCCUGGUGCUACUGAAUACGAUAUAUACUCAAUAUUUACCUACUACCUUCCUGUUUUCCUACAUGCCUUUUCAUCGCCAUUCUACCUGCACUGCCCGCAAGAGAUUGGACUGUUUGGUGCCAUCUUCUCCUUUUACUAUAACCCCAGUAACUACACUGGCAGCUCAAUAAAACGUCUCAGUGCCUCAUGUACUGGUACCUGUGAACUGGUAUUGCCACUGAAAUCCCCUUAUUUUAAUACUAUGGACUCCUCAAAGCAGCAAUCAUUCAUAGAAAGAUUGAUAACUAAGUACUUUUUAAAAAAUGUGUCCUGAGAGAGUAGGAUCUACACUAAAUUGCAUGAAGACUGGUCUCUUUUACUGUAGAGCAAAGAGUGACUGUACCACUAGGUCACUUAAAGGAUAAUGGAACCGGUGUUUUUCUUGGUAUAGGUAAAGAAUAUCAAGCAAGAUGAUGGAUAUGGGGUGUGGGCUUUUAAACUAGAUUUCGACAGUGUACAAAGCAGUUUAAAAAGUGCUCUGACUGCAAAACAACUAUUAUCAUCUUAAGUGUUAGUUACAGUAUCAACCCUUUUUCCCUGGCCUGUGAUUCGUUAUAUAGCUGCUUCCUUGCAGUGUUUCCCUGAGUUCAUGUUUCCAGUGAACAACACCAAGUGACAGCAUAAUGUCCCAAAGACAUGACACGUCACUCUCUUUGCAAUACUAGUUUAGAGAUCAAUAGCAGUAUUAUACCGAAAGCUUAUUGCUUUGUGAUUAUGACUAUUAAAGGAGCUUUGGUAGACUAUGUACUGUGCUGUUUUAUAAGAUUUUAAAUGUGUGUUGAAAAUAAAAGUGUUUGUUUUUAAA